ACAUUCUUAACUAACUAGAAAAGAUGCAAUUCAAGAAAGUCUUUGCUGUUGCCGCCGUUGCUGGUGUCGCCCUCGCUGCUGACAAGAACAACUCCACCUUGACCACUGCUACUCCAUCUGUCACCAAGGACUGUUCCUUCUCUGACUUUACCGCCACUCAAUCUGCUCAAGUUGCUCAAGUUGCUGCUUGUCCAACUGCCGUUGGUGAUAUCACCAUCUAUGGUGAUGCUUUCGGAAACAUUGAUUUGACUGGUUUAGAACAAGUUUACGGUGACUUGUCUAUUAAGAAUGCCACCAAGGCUGCUGGUGUCAAUGCUCCAACUUUACAAUUAGUUUCUGGUAGCCUUGAACUUAACGCCAACACCAUUUUGUCCAACUUGAACUUGGCUCAAUUGACUACCGUUGGUACUUUGAACUUCAACGCUUUACCAGCUUUAGAAACCACUGGUUUAACCGCUGGUAUUACUUCUGCUGAUUCCGUUAUCAUUUCUGACACUGGUUUAUCUUCAUUAACCGGUAUUAACGUUUUCGAAUUAAAGACCUUCAAUGUUAACAACAAUGACCAAAUUGAAACCAUUAACUCUGGUUUAAAGAGAGUUACUGACACUUUGGACAUUUCCUACAAUGCCGAAAAGGUUGAUGUGACUUUAGAUCAAUUAACUGGUGCUAACAACAUCAUUUUGCAAUCCAUCAACUCCAUUUCUGCUCAAAACUUGACUGUUGCUAACGGUUCCGUUGCUGUUUCUUCUUCUUCUGUUGACAAGGUUCAAUUCAAGAAAUUGCAAACCAUUGGUAAGUCCUUGACCAUUAACAAGAACGAUGACUUGGAAGAAUUAGAUUUCCCUAAGUUGACUUCUAUCGGUGGUGCUUUGGAAAUCUCUGACAACGACAAGUUAGACUCCUUUGAUGGUUUCCCACAAUUGAAGACCAUUGGUGGUUCCGUUAACAUGAACGGUACUUUCAACAACGGUACUUUUGAAUCCUUACAAAGAGUUGCUGGUGGUUUCACCUUAAAGACUGACGGUGAAUUAUCAUGUCAAGCUUUCAACAAGUUGAACUCUAACGGUGAUGUUAAGGGUGACAAGUUCCAAUGUGAAGACAGAGUUACCACCACUUCUUCUUCUUCUAAGAAGAAUGGUUCUACUGAAACUGACUCUUCUGAUGACUCUACUGGUGCUGCUGAAACCACCACUUCCAAGAAGAACGAUGCUCCAUCCCCAGCUGGUAAGUUAGCUUCCGUUGUUGCUGCUUUUGCCGCUAUUGGUGUUGCUUUAAUCUAAACUUAGAGACUCCAGUUAUUGUAUUGUUAUAUUUUCCUGUUAUUUUAUAUGUUCUUAAUAAAUGAGUAACGGGGGAGAUAUAUGCAACAUUUGUACAUUAUUACAUUAGAGGAGAGGUCAAAUUUUCUAUAUAGAGUUGGUUGAAGAGAAUUCCACCAUAUGCUAGCCGUGUUUUUUCUUUUAGUUGUUUAAUUUCUUAUCUUUUUAUUACCUUUCUUUUAUAAUCGUGUGUUUUUAUUAAUCUCUUUCUAUAAAUAAUGGACAAAAAUUUCUAUAAGUUUUCAAUACUUUUAUAACUCAUUGGCUUGAAUGUAUUCUAUUUUGGGCAUGUUUAACAACUCUGCAACCUCUUUAACGUACAUGUUUGCAACCUGUUCUACUGUUGCUGAGGUUUCACCUAGUUCUUUCAUAAUUGAAGUAGCACGUUUGCCGUCGAGUCCACACAUGAUAAAACUGUUCAUAAACUUCAAAUCAGGAUUUACAUUAAGUGAAAUUCCAUACUCAGAUAUCCCUCUCUUGAUUCUAAUACCCACACUAGCAAUUUUAUCGUCGGCAGAAGUCCAAACACCAGGGUUUUCUAUGACUUCCGAUUUCAAUCCGAAAUUAUUCAAAAGGGUUCUUUUCACACUUUCGAGAAGAAUACUAGUAACAAAACAUUUCGCCGUUAAGUUAUGGAAUGCCUUGAUAUCAAUGACAGAGUAUGCCACGAGUUGUCCCUUACCAUGCCAUGUGACUUGUCCUCCUCGGUCCAACUGGUGGAAUUCACAUCCUGAUUUCUCGUAUUGUUCACGUAACUCAGGACUUACCUCUUCUUUUGAACGUAAACCUCCAGCGUACACGUUAUUAAAUUCGAAUGUUAAUAUCGUAGGUAAUGGUUUCAAAUCUAAGAUUUUGUCAAUCAACUGAGUUUCCUUAUACGUUAAGGUAUCACCUCUCGUCUUUUGUAUUUUUCUGAUGUUGAAUUCAGUAGAUUUAAAGUGUAAGUUGUGAUUCACUAAUGCUUGCUGGAUAUCUAAUCCAUGUUGGAACGAAGUUAUCCCUGGGAAAUGAAUAUGUCGAAGUGUUCCAUAGCUUUCUCUAAUAGGCCAAAACUUCUUCUUGGGCUUCAAAGUAAUAGGACAGAUCCUGGAAGAUGCUUCUUGUAGCAACUGUACGCUUACUCUCAUCGUUGUCCAGUUCGACCUAGGCA